AUGCUCGUGCUCACGAUGCUCGUGCUCACGAUGCUCGUGCUCACGAUGCUCUCGGUCACGAUACUCGUGGUGGUCACGAUGCUCGUGGUGGUCACGAUGCUCUCGGUCGCGAUGCUCGUGCUCACGAUGCUCGCGGUCACGAUGCUCGUGGUCACGAUGCUCGUGGUCACGAUGCUCGUGCUCACGAUACUCGUGGUGGUCACGAUGCUCUCGGUCACGAUGCUCUCGGUCACGAUGCUCGUGCUCACGAUACUCGUGGUGGUCAUGAUGCUCUCGGUCACGAUGCUCUCGGUCACGAUGCUCUCGGUCACGAUGCUCUCGGUCACGAUGCUCUCGGUCACGAUGCUCUCGGUCACGAUGCUCUCGGUCACGAUGCUCUCUGUCACGAUGCUCGUGCUCACGAUGCUCGCGGUCACGAUGCUCGUGCUCACGAUGCUCGUGCUCACGAUGCUCGUGGUGGUCACGAUGCUCGUGCUCACGAUGCUCGUGGUGGUCACGAUGCUCGUGCUCACGAUGCUCGUGGUGGUCACGAUGCUCGUGCUCACGAUGCUCGUGGUGGUCACGAUGCUCAUGGUCACGAUGCUCGUGGUGGUCACGAUGCUCGUGGUGGUCACGAUGCUCGCGGUCACGAUGCUCGUGCUCACGAUGCUCGCGGUAGUUUCCAAAGUUUGA